AUGACACGAUAUCGUCCAUUGAUUAUGUUUGCAGUGGGCAUAACAUUUAUAUAUUGGAUAAUAUCAUUACAUAAAGCACCUUUUCCUUAUCCUCGAAAUAUAAUAUUAACGAGAGAUGUAAUAUUUGGGUAUGAAAUUCAUAAACCUGACGGGAUAUUCAUUAGUGCGCAAAACGAUUGGGUUUAUUUAACAGCUAUAUGGAAAGGAUAUGGAUCAGAAUAUGAUGAUGCUACUGGGCUCAUUAAGCAAUAUAGGCGUCCAUUACAUCUACUUCUAUCUUCUAAUAAUAAUUUUGAUCCAAAUAAUAAAUGGCAACUUCUUUAUAUUCAUCGUUUGGAAGGCCCAAUAACACAUACUUCAAGUUAUUAUAGUGAAUAUACCCAGAUUACAUCAAAUUAUGGUUUCGAUGAAAAUAAUGCGUUAGGACUCUGA